CAGAGUGACGCUUUGAAUUCGCAUUCACACGUUCUGCACGACAUCUCACAUUUACGAUGAAGGCUUUUGUGAUAGCUGUGACAGUUCUCUUUCACUGUAUACAAGGGCAAGAACCAUUUUGUCAAUCUCACCCUUCAUGUUCUGAAUGUAUAAGGAGUCCUGGAUGUGCGUGGUGCACACAGACGGACUUUUUAAAAUCAGGCGAGUCUAAUGAACGGCGCUGUGAUUCUGCCGAGUCUCUGAAGGCCAGGAGUUGUAGAGAGGAUAAUGUGAUCAAUCCUGGAAAACAUCCAUUGAUCCAUGUAAAGAACAGUGACCUCAGCAACGAUGUUGAAAAUGUGGUCCAACUCAAACCUCAGAAUAUCAACAUUACACUCCGAGUUGGAGUUCCAUAUGAAUUCUCAAUUGAGUUUAAGAGGGCUCAGGGUUACCCUAUAGAUCUGUACUACCUGAUGGACCUGAGCUAUUCCAUGAAAGAUGAUCUGGAGCAAAUUAAAACUCUGGGGCAGAAAAUCCUCAAGAAGCUGAAGGACAUCACAGAGACCGUCCGAAUCGGUUUCGGGUCUUUUGUUGAUAAGGAGAUGUUGCCAUACGUCAGUCAGGUGAAGCAAAGACGUCAGAACCCCUGCCCCAAUCGUAUAGAUACCUGCCAACCAGCUUUCAGUUUUCAGAAUGUCCUGCCAUUGACUAACGAUGCCAAGGAGUUUGAAAGAGAAGUUAGCAAACAGAAAAUCUCUGGCAACCUGGACUCUCCUGAGGCUGGUCUGGAUGCAAUAAUGCAGGCUGUUGUCUGUAAGGAGAAGAUUAGAUGGCAUGAUGUGAAUCGGAUUCUGGUUUACACAUCUGAUGAUACUUUUCACAUGGCAGGAGAUGGACGACUAGGUGGUGUCUUUAAGCCACAUAAUGGACAGUGUCAUCUUAAUGAGAACGGUUCCUAUAAUGGAAGAGCCUAUGAUUACCCAUCAGUGGGCCAUGUAUCUAGCGUUCUGCAGAAAAACAAUAUUCAGCUCAUAUUUGCUGUGACUGAGGGCAUUUAUCCAGCAUAUAAGGCAUUGAGUGCACUGAUUCCUCAGUCUGUGGUUGGUGUAUUAAAGAAUGACUCUAGUAAUGUUGUUGAUCUCAUCUCUGAAGCCUAUGGGAAUUUGUCGUCCACACUGGUGUUGGAGCAUGAGGGAGCUCCAAAAGAACUGGAUGUGUCCUAUAGUUCUUCAUGUAAAAGGGAUCAGGCAGAUACUGAAUGGAAGGAGAAAGGAGAGUGUCAAGGCAUCAAGCAUGAGAAGAUUAAGUUCCGAGUACGAUUGAACGCAUCUGCGUGUCUGAAGGAGCCUCAGACAUUUCGGAUCAGAAUGCAAGGUAUCAGUGAGGAAGUGAAGAUCACAGUGAAUACAGAGUGUCACUGUGACUGUGGUGCUCCAGAGGAGGCUUCUAAACACUGUAACAGUACAGGAACGCUCUCAUGCGGCGUGUGCAGCUGUGAUGAAGCGUAUUUGGGUCAGCACUGCGAGUGUGUGCAACAAAGCGAUGCGGACUCUACCAUCAACAUGCUGGCGUCCUGUCGGCCUGACAACAGCUCUCUGGUGUGCAGUGGACACGGCACCUGUGAGUGUGGCAAGUGUGUGUGUCAAGGCCACUACAGUGGGAAGAACUGCGAGUGUGAUGACAAUAGUUGUGAAAACCAUAAUGGCAAGUCCUGUAAUGGACAGGGAACAUGUAAGUGUGGAAUAUGUGAAUGUAAAGAAAACUACACGGGGUCUGCUUGCGAGUGCUCGCCUAGCCAAGACAAGUGUAUUAAUGACAAGGCGCUUUGCAGCGGUCAAGGCAAAUGCACUUGCAACCGUUGUCAGUGUUACACAGGCUUCUUGGGAGAUCACUGCUCUACAUUCAUCAACGCUUGCAUGCUGUUUAAGGAAUGUGUGGCAUGUCUUGUAGCUGGUACUCCUGAUGCCAGUGUCUGCGCUGAGAAAUGUCUGAAUGCUAAAAUAUUUCGCCUUGAUGGCACUCAUGAGCUGCAUUGCACAUAUCAAGAUGCCAUUUCCUACGAAGUAGAACUUGAUGCUAACGGCAAAAUUAUACUUCGAUAUGCAGACCUGCCCCGGUCCAUUGAUAAGACUACAGUUAUAAUUGGCAGCUCUGUGUCAGGCAUAAUUGUUAUUGGCAUUAUAAUAAUCAUUAUAUACCGUGCCUUGCUGGAACUGUAUGACUUGAGAGAAUAUCAGAACUUCGUCAAAGCACAGAAACAGACCGAAUGGAACGAGGUCCAGAAUCCUCUUUUCAAAGGUGCCACAACAACGGUGAUUAACCCUUUGCAUAUGCAAAACGAGGAGAACGCAUAGCAACAUUCUGAAAUUAUUUAACAUUCUGAAAGAGGAUUCAUCUGAAACAUUAAUCUCUUGAAGUUUGUUAUUGUAAUAUCUUGUUUUAUUUUUUUUGUCUAUUGUACAUCUUACACUGUGCAAAUUGACACUUCUUUAAAAUGUAUAUUCUAAGCUAGCAAUAAACAUAUUGCAGUACAGGAGAACAGGACUGUUAUAAAUAUGGUGAUGUAUUUUAUGCAUAUUAAUAUGUAUGCUGAACAAAACGCCUUGAGUUUCUCUUAUGAGAGCUGUCCAGGUUGUUGUAAAACUAAACAACUCUAUCUAAGAGAAAUUGCAUUUUUAAGACUUUGUGUUAUGUUGUUGAAAAAAACAUGAAAGUUAACCACAGUUUAUUUUUCUCAUUGAUCCAAAAUUACUUUUCUGUAUAUAGAAUAUUUUCUAGAUAAAAUUC